GUACUCCUCUUACGUGUUCUUUCCCAGUUGACAUUGGCAAAAAAAAUCACUAUUGAUGAUAUUGAAAUCAACAUUGAAGAUUUCACCAUUGGACAUCUCAAGGAACAUAUCUGGAAGAAAAACCGAAAUGACUUUGCAGAUAUUGACCCUGCUAAUCUAAAACUUUGGAAAAAGUAUAAAGUACUUAUUGAGAAACCUCAUGAUGAAAUUGACAUAAAACGAGAACUUGGAGGUAAUGAGUUGGGUGGUUUUGAGUUGUUUCUUGAUAUUUUUCCAGCUGACUAUAAUCCUCCAAGGCGACAUAUACAUAUAAUCAUACAACCACCUACCCCCACUGGUCCGGUGGAUGUCUCGAAAAAUUUUUAUGUUCCGUUUGAGAUGCUGUAUUCAACUCAAAAGCUGGAUGAAGCCAUAGAUGAAAAGGUGUGCGUGCUCUUAGUUGGACAUUUUCAAUCUGGAAAAACAUCGAUCCUACAUUAUCUGAGUGACAACAAAAAGAAUCACUUUUACAUUCAAUCUUCAAUGUUAACGGAUGGCUUCCUACAUGGGUUGUGCAAACGACUUUCUUUGAAUUUAUGUAGUAGCAUAAUCGAUUUAAAUUAUGAAAUCCUGAAGAACUACAAAGGAGGGGAGAUAGUAAUUUUGAUUGAUGAAUUUGACCGAUUUUUACUUAACAGCAAAGAUACUGGAGAUACGAUUGAUCAAAUGAAAGAACUCACUAAAUGCGUAAAUGAUAGGGGAAUAGAAGGGAUCAAAUCUAUUGUUUUUGCUGGCAGUUUCUCGAUUACUACAAUGCUUGAAGAUGGACUUUCACAAAUUAAAAAAGUCGUUAGAAUGUCGUCGCAGAAGGACAGUUUAUCACAGAAGAAACAGACUCGCGAAUGCCUUGAAAAGCUGGUAGGAGUUCCAUCAUCAUUAAACUCAGCAAAAACGAUUGAGGCAUCAGAUUUUACCAAAGAACAGCACGUGUUAUUCUACCACGAUAUCCAAGAGAAUAGAAAUCUUCAUUUUAGUGAAGAAGUCAUGGAUGACAUUUUCGGCCUUACUAAUGGUUACGCUGGCUUGGAGGGUCUGCUUGCAUCAUUGUGCAUCGAAUAUGCUAGCAAUGAGGAAAUCCUCGACUUUAAUACAUGGAACAAUCGCUUCACAGAAUUUAUUCGUAACCCCACGAAGAAAAAGAUUAAUGCAGUUAAACACAUUGAAAAAUACCUCACCGAGCCUGGUAACGACAGUGAUAUCACCACCCAAUACUAUAACCACUUUAUCAAAGAUGCAAAGAAACUCUUAGAGCGCUUCUUACAAAAGGGAACUUUACAAUCAUCAGAAAUCGCUGAAGGAGAUUUAAUCGCCCUCGUGCACCUGCGUGCAAUUGGCAUCAUAAAGAGUCAAGGGGACCGUUUAGAGUUCACAUCUAACAUCAUCCUUGAUCUAUUAUCAAGCUCAUAUUAUCCAUUCUAUAGAGAAACCCUAGCAAAAAUCUCAAGUAUUGACACACCUCUAGACUUCUUGGGGAAGACCUUGGACCUUUUGAAGUACAUUCGUUAUGAUGUAAUUUUCCAUUCCUUGGCCCCCAAUCAACACUCUUUUUCUGAACAAACGAUCCAAGGCGAGCUUUAUGCUCUACUACACAUGGCUGUGUCAUAUCCAACAUAUAAGAUCUUUCACGAAACUAGAACUUUAAAAAAUUAUGCGAUCUCUGGUGAAAUCAAGAGUGCGAUCGAUCAGGCUAUCGGGUACACGAAAGGACGAGAAGGAGUAUGCUGUAUGCUCAUCUUCAACUUUGUGCCAUCAAACAGUAAGCCAGACAAUUAUCAAUUCUCAUUUCCAAACGUUGUCAAGCUGAGAGAUGAAAUCUACUUCGAAAUAGUUUAUAUAUUAUAUUCGAAGGCAUCUCGAAGAGCAAAAAUCCUUCGCAAUGGUAUGCAGGCCGAGAAAAUUCCUUUUGCAUUGAGUUAA